UUCCAGCACUUUUCCCCUGGCGGGAUUGCAGCUGGGGCUCCGGAGACGCCGUGGGAACAGAGAAAACGGGCUUUGGAUGCUGCCGGAGACUCGAGCAGCUGAGAAACCUCGGCAGGACCGGAUCAGCGGGGAAGCCAUGGAUGGGUUUUACCCCUCGGCAGGAGGAGCUGGGCAGGACGUGCCCAAUGCCACCAGCUGGGCAGAGCAGAGCCACUCCUCGGUGUCCCUGCGCGUGGUGACAGCUGCCUGCCUGUCCCUGCUCAUCCUCUCCACGCUGCUGGGGAACGCCCUGGUGUGCGUGGCCGUGCUCAGGUUCCGACACCUGCGCUCCAAGGUCACCAACCUCUUCGUGGUCUCCUUGGCCGUGUCCGACCUGCUGGUGGCCGUGCUGGUGAUGCCCUGGAGAGCUGCCACGGACGUGCUGGGCUUCUGGCCCUUCGGGGCCUUCUGUGACAUUUGGGUGGCUUUUGACAUCACGUGCUGCACGGCCUCCAUCCUCCACCUGUGCCUCAUCAGCCUGGAGCGCUGCUGGGCCAUCGCCAGCCCCUUCCGCUACCAGAGCAUGGUGACGCAGCGCGUGGCCUUCGUCGCCAUCGGGGUGGCUUGGCUGCUGUCCCUCCUCAUCUCCUUCAUCCCCGUGCAGCUGCGGUGGCACAAGGACCGGGAGCUGCCCAGCCGAGCGCAGCCGGGAUUGAACGGCUCCGCGGAGGAGGGGAGCUGCGAUUCCAGCCUCAGCAGGACCUACGCCAUCUCCUCGUCCCUCAUCAGCUUCUACAUCCCCGUCGCCGUCAUGCUGGGCACCUACGGCCGCCUCUUCCGCAUCACCCGGCGCCAGCUGCGCAGGAUCUGCUCCCUGGAGAGGGCGGCCGGACACGGCCGGAGCUGCCCGGGCAGCCCUCGGGAAACCUCCCUGAGGAACUCCCUCAAAAAGGAGACCAAGGUGCUGCAGACCCUCUCCAUCAUCGUGGGCGUCUUCGUGUGCUGCUGGCUGCCCUUCUUUGUGCUCAACUGCCUGGUGCCCUUCUGCGAUGCCGAGCUCCGGGACCGGGGAGCGCUGCCGUGCGUCAGCGGGACGGUGCUCAGCGCCUUCACCUGGCUGGGCUGGGCCAACUCCGCCCUCAAUCCCAUCAUCUACGCCUUCAACGCGGAAUUCCGCAGGGCUUUUGCCUCCCUGCUGGGCUGGGGCAGUGCCGUGGAGACGGUGACCUUCAGCAACGAGCUGGUGUCCUUCCACCCCGACAGCACUGACCGCGGCGCUGAGGAGACCCUCGGCCACCCGCACCUGCUGCCCCACGCUGUGCUGCAGGUGGAGAACCACGAGGUGUCCUUGGACAGGGCAUCUCCGGGCUCCUCUCCCCCUCACAAGAGCAUUCCCGAGUGUGGAACCCCGAUCUCGCUGGGGAGGAAUCCCCCGCUGGCCAGCGGCACCUUCCACUGAAUCCAGGGUGGGAAAGGGGGGUGGGAAUGUCCCCAGCAGAGAGGGAAGCUGGGACACUGCCGGCACUGCCGGUUCUCUGGGGAGC